AAACCCUUAAGAUUUCUAAAAAAAAAAAAAAAAAAAAAAAUCAAAAUAUAUAAAUUAUUAUUUAUUUAUCAUCGUCAUCUUCAUUUCUCCUGCAAAAAAAAAAAAAAAAAUCAAUGGAGAGAACAGCGCUUCUCCGCUCUCUCUCAUGUUCAUCUCUCGCUUGUAACAAGUUUCUCUUCUCCGCUCCUAAACACUCUCGUUCCUUUUUAUCCAAAUCUUCCUCCGUCUUCGCUUCCACCGCCGCCCGGUAUCAUCGUCGUCUAGUUCCUAACCGCUCCCUUCUCCGCCGCAACAGCUGGAGGUCACUCCCUCGAGCUUCUUCUCAUUCUUCCUCUCUUCGCUUUGGUUUAAACAACAAGCAUUUCAGUUCUUUAUCUCCACGCGCCGUUGCUUCUCCUCCUACGCAGCCUUCUUCAGAUAUUGCUGGAGUUGGAGAUGAAGUUGCGGAGAAGCUUGGAUUCGAGAAAGUAUCGGAAGAGUUCAUUGGAGAGUGUAAAUCAAAAGCUGUUCUUUUCAAGCAUAAAAAAACUGGUGCGGAGGUUAUGUCCGUUUCAAAUGAUGAUGAGAACAAGGUUUUCGGUAUUGUUUUUCGAACUCCCCCAAAGGAUUCCACUGGGAUUCCUCACAUAUUGGAACACAGUGUAUUAUGUGGUUCAAGAAAGUAUCCAUUGAAGGAACCAUUCGUUGAAUUGUUAAAGGGGAGCUUGCACACUUUUUUGAAUGCAUUCACGUAUCCUGAUAGGACUUGCUAUCCAGUUGCUUCCACCAAUUCAAAGGAUUUCUAUAAUCUUGUUGAUGUAUACCUGGAUGCUGUCUUCUUCCCCAAGUGCAUUGAGGACUUCCAAACUUUUCAACAGGAGGGUUGGCACUAUGAGCUCAAUGAUCCUUCAGAAGAUAUAACUUAUAAAGGAGUUGUUUUCAACGAGAUGAAAGGUGUCUAUUCUCAGCCUGAUAAUUUAUUAGGGCGGACAGCUCAGCAGGCUCUCUUUCCAGACAAUACCUAUGGUGUUGACAGUGGAGGUGAUCCGCUAGUUAUUCCCAAGCUGACAUUUGAAGAGUUUAAGGAAUUUCACCGCAAGUAUUACCAUCCAAGCAAUGCCAGGAUAUGGUUUUAUGGAGAUGAUGAUCCGAGUGAACGCUUGCGUAUCCUAAGUGAAUAUCUAGACAUGUUUGAGGCGAGUACAGCUCCUAAUGAAUCAAAAGUUGAGCCACAGAAGCUUUUCUCGGAACCAGUCAGGAUUGUUGAGAAAUAUCCAGCUGGUGAUGGUGGUGAUCUGAAGAAGAAGCACAUGGUAUGCCUGAAUUGGCUGCUCUCUGAUAAGCCGUUGGACUUGCAAACUGAACUUACUCUCGGUUUUCUGGAUCAUCUUUUGCUGGGAACUCCUGCUUCUCCCUUGAGGAAAGUGUUGCUUGAAAGUGGUCUUGGAGAUGCCAUUAUUGGUGGUGGAGUGGAAGAUGAACUUCUUCAGCCUCAAUUUAGCAUUGGGUUGAAGGGAGUUUCUGAUGAUGAUAUUCCAAAAGUAGAAGAGUUGAUCAUGAGUUCUCUUAGAAAGCUUGCUGAAGAAGGUUUUGACACUGAGGCUGUGGAGGCAUCUAUGAAUACAAUUGAGUUUUCGCUGAGAGAGAACAACACUGGAUCUUUUCCUCGUGGCUUAUCUCUGAUGCUACGCUCCAUGGGUAAGUGGAUAUAUGAUAUGGAUCCUUUUGAGCCUUUGAAAUAUGAGCAACCUUUAUUGGACCUGAAAGCCAGAAUUGCUGAGGAAGGCUCCAAGGCUGUUUUCUCUCCUUUAAUAGAGAAGUUUAUCUUAAACAAUCCCCAUUGUGUUACCAUAGAAAUGCAGCCUGAUCCGGAGAAAGCUUCUCGUGACGAAGCAGCCGAAAAGGAAAAUUUGGAGAAAGUUAAAGCCAGUAUGACGGAGGAAGAUCUAGCUGAGUUAGCACGUGCUACAGAAGAGCUGAAACUUAAACAAGAAACUCCUGACCCUCCAGAAGCCUUAAAAUGUGUUCCAAGCCUCUCCUUACAUGAUAUUCCCAAGGAACCGAUACGUAUUCCGACAGAGGUCGGAGAUAUAAAUGGUGUGAAGGUUUUGCAGCAUGAUCUUUUCACAAAUGAUGUCCUUUACUCUGAAGUUGUUUUUGAUAUGAGUUCACUGAAGCAAGAACUUCUUCCUCUAGUACCAUUGUUUUGUCAAUCAUUACUAGAGAUGGGUACAAAAGACUUGACCUUUGUGCAACUUAAUCAGUUGAUUGGAAGAAAAACUGGCGGAAUAUCAGUUUAUCCAUUUACCUCAUCUAUACGAGGCAAGGAAGAUCCCUGUAGCCAUAUCAUUGUCCGAGGCAAAUCAAUGGCUGGGCGUGCUGAUGACCUGUUUAAUCUGAUUAAUUGUGUUCUUCAAGAAGUACAGUUUACAGACCAACAACGGUUCAAGCAGUUUGUAUCCCAAAGCAAAGCCAGAAUGGAGAACCGGUUGAGAGGUGGAGGUCAUGGAAUUGCCGCAGCUAGGAUGGAUGCGAAGUUAAAUGUUGCUGGCUGGAUUUCUGAGCAAAUGGGUGGAGUCAGUUACCUGGAGUUUCUUCAAGCACUGGAAGAAAAAGUGGAUAAUGACUGGGCAGGAAUUUCAUCAUCUCUCGAGGAGAUCCGUAAAUCCUUACUUUCCAAGGAAGGUUGCUUGGUAAACAUGACUGCUGAUGGGAAAACUCUCUCGAACACAGGGAAGUUCGUUGGCAAAUUCCUUGAUUUGCUUCCUAGCAAAUCUCUUGUCGAAAGAGCUAGCUGGAACGUCCGACUUCCUUCAAACGAUGAAGCCAUCGUGAUACCGACUCAGGUAAAUUACGUUGGGAAAGCAGCUAACUUAUACGACAGGGGUUACCAACUUAGUGGGAGUGCUUAUGUUAUUUCAAAACACAUUAGUAACACGUGGUUGUGGGACCGUGUUCGUGUUAGCGGUGGAGCUUAUGGGGGUUUCUGCAACUUCGAUACUCAUUCAGGUGUAUUCACCUUCUUAUCUUAUCGAGACCCCAACUUAUUAAAAACACUUGACAUAUAUGAUGGAACUGGUGACUUUCUCCGUGAAUUGAAAAUGGAUGAUGAUACUCUUACCAAAGCAAUUAUCGGGACCAUUGGUGAUGUUGAUGCAUACCAGCUGCCAGAUGCUAAAGGCUAUAGCAGUUUGGUACGAUAUUUAUUGGGGAUUACUGAGGAAGAAAGGCAAAGGAGACGCGAAGAGAUAUUAUCAACGAGCUUAAAGGAUUUCAAGGAAUUUGCUGACGCCAUUGAUGCCGUUAAAGACAACGGAGUUGCCGUUGCGGUGGCAUCGCCGGACGAUGUCGAAACUGCUAACAAGGAGCGCCUGAACUUUUUCCAAGUGAAGAAAGCCCUAUAAAUAUACACGUAAGAAUGGCUUCGAUCCUAAAUCGAUCUCAAUACCAUUUCUCAAAUUAAGUGAACGAUACUCGAAAAACACAUUAUUUCAAUCUUUGUCACACUAUGAAUAGUUAGACAGGAAGUCCAUUGCAUGAACUCUUAUUAGUUUUUUAAAAUAUCAAAGGUAUAAUACAGACUUUUAGCCAUUUCGUAUAA